CAUAACAGUGCAACGUGAAAUGAUAUACUGAAAUAUGUGCAAAAUGUCGUGGACUGUAUUCAGUGCUUAUGUUUUGUGUGUGUGCAGUUUAGUAAGGACUCAGGUGAUACCCAGCAAGUCUAGAGCAAGCGAUGGGGACUUUAAUAAUGUUAAUACAGAUGGCUCUUUCGAUUUUGGGUACGCGAACAAAGAUCGCGGUGGUAGCUACCACCUGGCAAGGGGUAACCAGAAUGGCGUAGUGGGCGGCAGGUUUGGAGCCCGGGACCCCGCUAGCGACACUGUCAAGGAAACCAUCUAUACCGCCGGACCUAGAGGGUUCCGCGCAAAGGGUCCAAACGUACACAGACAAAUUGACUUGGAUCAACGACCUCGGGGUCCGAUAGGGAACAAAGAUGACCCCUACUUCGAUCCUAACGAAGAUCCGAGUUAUUCCUUCAAGUUCGAUACGAGAACAUAUUCGAAAAACGAAAAUGCCGACAGUAGGGGCGAUGUUAAAGGCCACUAUACAUUUGUGGAUGACGCGGGGGAGCGUCAUGACGUGACGUACGUGGCGGGUCGUGACACGGGUUUCCACGUGUCGUCUUCCCAUCCGGAUAAUCCCAGCGUGAUAGGUUCGCCCUUCCACCGCGCGCCACUAGUACGGGGUGAGACACGUCCCCGAGGUCGCACUGCCGUCCAACGCGGCUUAGACGGAUCUUACAGAUUUAUAUCAGCAGGUCCUGAUCAGAGAAGAUCGGAAAGUAGUGACUCACAAGGAAAUGUAAGAGGGUCGUACACAUUUUUAGACGACAAAGGUGUGCAAAGGACUGUGAACUACAUAGCUGGCCCCGGUAUCGGUUAUCGUAUUGUGAAGAAUAGCAAAGAUCCUUUCAUUCCCCCAUUCUUCCCCACCAUACCGAGCUCGUACGACCCUGACUUUGUAAACGGUGCCAUCGGGCCUAGCGUAGCCAGCUUCACUCCAGAUGAAAGUGCCGGCGAGGAUGUGUUUAAGGGACCGGAUGGUUCAGCUGCAUCAGGUCAUGUUAAACCUCCUCCAUUCACAACUUCUGAUAAAGAAAGACCUAGCAGUACACCUGAUAUCGAAGCAGGUCCUAUAAGCAGCGAUGAAGGUCCCGGGGAAAGUUUCAAUCAACCUCCUUCUUAUAAUCAAGGAUCAGAUAGUGAAGAUGCGAGUUUCGUGGAUGAGGAUUCAGGCUAUGGAGGGCCUCAGCCCACACAAGGACCAGGCAAACCGUGGCGUCCCACAAGCAAGCCAUUUAGGCCGACGAAGAGACCUUAUGUGCCACUUAAACCUUCACAGACGAAUAAAGAUCAUGAUAUUGACUUUGAAGGUGAAACUCACGAGAUUGAUUCAGCAGAGUUUGGUGUAGGAUUUGAUGAACACCAAACGAAACCGGGAACCACGAUAAUUAAAAAUAUAGGUAAAAAAUAUUUUGGUAUACCACCCGGGGUAGCGGUCAGAGCUCAUGUACAAAGUAUAGAUUUGUAUCCGUUCGGACCAAAACCAAUUUCACCGUCAGAAGCCAUAGAGAAUGAACAAAACUAAAUGUUGCUGGUGCUGUAAGGUCUUAAAAACCUGAUAUGUAAAUUAU